ACCUAUUGUAGAAGACAAAUAUAACUUGGGUCAUCGUAUCUAAACACAGAUUGAAUUGCUUUUUUGUUUGUUGUAUAAUUUUAUAUAAAAGUAGACACAGUUUCUUGAUUUUUUCCUCCCUCAGUUUCCCACAACUUCAAAAUGUCAUUUGUAUCUAAAGUAUUUAGUAAGACAGCCCUUCUCGUUGGAUCUGUAGCCAUUUUGGCUAGCAGUUUGGUAUCCGCACAAUCGAUGAUUCAAAAUUGUAAACCUGGAUAUGUAGCUAUUACAUACGAUGAUGGACCAAAUAUUUACACAUCUGAACUUGUCAAAUUACUGGACUCCAAUGGUGUCAAGGCCACUUUCUUCAUUAACGGUGAUAACUUUUUACAAUUAAAUGACAGUGUAAUUGCUCAGGAAGCUCUUAAGAAUGCUUAUAACUCUGGCCAUCAAAUUGCUAGUCAUACCUGGUCUCACCAAAACUUGGACGAGAUUGAUGGCAGUAAAUUUGACAGCGAAAUUGUCAAAUUGGAGCAAAUUGUUCAACAGUUUGUUGGUAAAAGACCUGCAUAUAUCAGACCUCCUUAUGGCGCCGCUUCGGAGACUACCGUCAAGAAACUCAACGAUAAGGGUUACCAAGUUAUUGAAUGGUCGACUGACACUAAAGAUUACGAGAGUCAUAAUACUGAGACCGAGAUUGAACAUGUGAAAGGCUCCUUCACGAAAGCUAACCUUGAUAAUGGAUUUAUUAUCUUAGCUCACGAUGUCUAUGAGCAAACCACUACUGAUUUGACUAAAGCCUUAAUCAAGUAUAUUAAAGAUGAAGGUUUUAAAUUCUGUACAGUUGCUGAAUGCGUCGGUCAACCCGCAUAUAAGUAACAAUGUUGUAACCAAUAUUCUACCCGGACAUCUGUACCGAUUAGAUUUAUACUAUCCUACUUGCUUUUUUUUUAUUGAAAGCAGUGCAUUUUUCAUGUAGAAGAGUUUUAUAAUUUAUUUUUAUUCUUACAAUAAUAAUCACAAGAGUU